AUGGAGGUCGAGUUUCCCGCGGCCGUGUUUGGCAACAACAUGACGGCUAUUCUCAAGCUCUUCGAUCCCCGACACCCCCCGACGUUUCAUGUGGGACAGAGAGGGCUUCUUCGACCCCAUGGACCCCAUGACCAAUUCGCAUGGGAAGAUUUUGUACGAAAGGACAAACUAAAGCCGUUCCUCGACGAAAUUACGGCAGUAGAGAACAAGGCCUGUGGUCCGCAUGACCUGUAUCGCACAACAUUGGAGGAGUUCGACAGCGAGACACGGGCAUAUGGAAAGCUCAGGGAUCUGCAAGGGGAAUGCAUUCCAAGCCUUUAUGCCCACGUUUUCAUCCAGGCGCAAACAGCUGAUCCAGCCCUGGCUGGACGACCCGAGUUCAGCAUUUUCGGUAUUUUAAUGGAACCCAUCCGAGGCUUCAUCCCAGAAAAACUCCCAGAUCUUCCUGCCUCCGACGCACCGCCCAAGGAGCUCUGGAAGACGAUUGUUCAAGAUGCUGUCUACCCAGCAAACGAGAUCAAUAAGCGAGGUGUGGCCAUGCUUGACUGUAGAGCUGGCAACGCCUUGGUAAAACACGACACGCAUCGUGUUGUGAUUCACGAUUUUGCCCAGUGCCAAUUCCGCAACGAGGUAGAAGCCAUGUAUGCAGAGCAGAAGGCAGAGGCCGAGAAGGGCGACGAAGGGGAAGACAACGGGGGGAAAGCUCAUGAGACCAAGGCUGGUAGUUCCACCCGCAAAGACGUCUUCCUCCACACGCACCAAAUUAUCAAAGAAAUCCAUCCCGACCACCAUGUCACCAGAGCGAGACCAGGAGGCGAGAUGGACCUGCUAGGCUAUGCAGCCGCAGGUCACGCAACCGCCGUUCAGGACAACUACAACCCCCCCGGGACCAAUGACGUGCCAGUCCACAACGUCCCCGGCUUCUACCUUGACGCUGUCCGCGCCUACAAAGCCAGCCCCAAGCCCUUUGACCGACCAGGAGGAACCCUGAUUGACAAGAUCUAUUUCGGCCGCUGGCUCUACACCUGGCAAGACUUGACCUUCAUCCUCUACAAAUGCGUCGUCCAAAACACCGACUGUGGCAACGAUCUCAUGCAUUACCUCCUCGCUCCCAAUGACGCAGACAAGGUAGAUGAGCUUGGCCACCACCUCGACACCGACAGGCUUCUUCUCGCAGCAGGCGACUGGUCAUGCACUCUCCACAACGAGAUAUACGUCUACGAUAACGGCGACUGGAUCAAGGACCCCCUUCUGUGGCAGAGCGUGCAGGGUGCCUCUUGGGACGAUGUGAUUUUAGAGCCAGCCAUGAAAGACGCCUUGAUGAGAGACGUUAUUGGUUUCUUCGACACGAGAGAUGUCUACCAAGACCUCGGGCUCAUGUGGAAGAGGGGCAUCAUCCUCCACGGCCUUCCUGGUAACGGAAAGACCGCCUCCAUCAAGGCGCUGAUCAACUCCCUCGAGGCCAGAGGCAAAGAAGACGGCUCUAAGAGAAUUCCAAGCCUGUACGUCAAAGCCUUUGACAGCUCCAUGGGCGGAAAGUGGUCCAUCCGGUACAUUUUCGAGCACGCCAGGAAGAUGGCCCCCUGCGUUCUCAUCUUUGAGGAUUUGGACUCGUUGGUGUUGGAUGAGUACAGGAGCUACUUCCUGAACGAGGUUGAUGGACUCGAGUCCAACGAGGGCAUCCUCAUGAUUGGAAGUACGAACCAUUUGUCCAAACUCGAUCCUGCAAUUGCCAAGAGACCUAGCCGCUUCGACAGGAAGUACCACUUCAAGCUGCCCAACGAGGAGACGAGGAAGAGAUAUGCAGAGUACUGGAGGAAGAAGCUGGAGAGCAAGCCGAUCGUGGCAGACAAGUUUGAGGAAGAAAUUACCUAUCUUAUCGCCCAGUUGACGGACGGAUUCAGCUUCGCCUACAUCAGAGAGCUGUUCGUGUCGUCGCUUCUGGCGCUUGUGCGCGGCUUCAAUCCUGACGUUGUGGAGGAGGAUCCCAGGGAAGACGAUGCUGGUGAUGAGAGCUCCUCGACCGCCGGUGACGGCGUAAUUGUUGAGAAACCCGCAAUCGUGGGAGAGGGCAAUGCCGGGGUGGAAAAUACCGAGGAGCAGGAGAAGACUGGCGAAAAGACUAAAAAGUUCAAGCCCAAGCGGGUGUUCCCUGUGCUGGAUAUUCCCGAGUAUCUCCAGGACAACCUGCUGCUUAAGAUCAUCAUAUCCCAAGCAAAGAUCCUUUUUGAGGAGAUGGACCGUGACGAUGAUGAACAGAAAGAGAAGGAAGGGGACGGUGAUGGUGCCAUUCGGAGGAUCCGAGUGAAGCGUGGUUUGCCGGCGCCACGGAUGCAACUGGUAAGCGGGACCACCGCUGCUAGCCCUCCUGCUGAUUCCGCUUCUGCUAAUUCCGCUCCUGAUGAUUCCGCUCCUGAUGACACGGAUCUCUUGAGGAUGUAA